AUGCUUGCCCAUGAAAAGCAACAGGACAGUUUUGCUCUUCUGUUUGCAACCCAGACAGCACUUCGUGUUGGAAUCGGCGCAACCAAAGUGAUACAGAUAAUUCAAGAGAAACAUCAGAAGGUGAAACACAGAUACGUACGUUUUGAAAAUAUGUAAGAAAUUCUGUAUUUAAUACCCGCUCCUGGAUUCUAGUUUUUGAAAUAUAUAUGUUACAAUUUUAGGGAGCAUACGAGCAUGAUAGUGAUGAGUCUUAUGACAUUCAGGAACCAAGUGCAAAGCGAGCGAGGGGCCGUGCACGCGGUCAAAGAAAAAUUGGCAAAACUUCUUCUCGGCUUCAGGAUCGUGAAACUGCCUCAGAAACCAUACGUGGAUGA